CACCUCAGACUUUGGGUUGACAUAUCUGGGUGCGUGGUGGGGUGGGCGGGCCUGUUCUUAACCUCGGCCUGGAGUUUCAUAGUAAUGGGGGACCACGGGGAGGAGAAUACCUCUUCUUUUUAAUUGCUCCGAGGACAGCUGCCAAAGAGAUGCAAUAGUCCCACUCCCUUUUGGGGGCCAGGGAGGGGUCGGGUUGUUUCCGCCAUGUUGGUGAAGGCGAGGGAAGGCGACUGGAGCUCCAGGACUGUCGGCUCUGCUGGCUCAAGUCCGCCAUAUUAAUAAAGAGAAAGGGAAGGUUGACCACCCCCCCCCCCACCCCACCCAACCACCCCCACACACAGAAACACACGUCUUCUUCCUACCCCGCUCCCACGACUCGGCUCAGUGGGCCCUUCCCCUGCCUCACUUGCCCAGUUUCGGCCCGAAAGAAGCGUAGCAGCCAGCGCCUCAGAACAGGCUAAAGACAGCGCCGAAUGAGGGGGAAAGGGAAAUGCCGACCAAUUGCGCCGCCGCGGGCUGUGCUACUACCUACAACAAGCACAUUAACAUCAGCUUCCACAGGUUUCCUUUGGAUCCUAAAAGAAGAAAAGAAUGGGUUCGCCUGGUUAGGCGCAAAAAUUUUGUGCCAGGAAAACACACUUUUCUUUGUUCAAAGCACUUUGAAGCCUCCUGUUUUGACCUAACAGGACAAACUCGACGACUUAAAAUGGAUGCUGUUCCAACCAUUUUUGAUUUUUGUACCCAUAUAAAGUCUAUGAAACUCAAGUCAAGGAAUCUUUUGGAGAAAAACAACAGUUGUACUCCAACUGGACCAUCUAGUUUAAAAUCAAACAUUGGUAGUCAGCAAGUACUACUUGAACACAGUUAUGCCUUUAGGAAUCCUAUGGAGGCAAAAAAGAGAAUAAUUAAACUGGAAAAAGAAAUAGCAAGCUUAAGAAGGAAAAUGAAAACUUGCCUACAAAAAGAACGCAGAGCAACUCGAAGAUGGAUCAAAGCCACUUGCUUGGUGAAGAAUCUAGAAGCAAAUAACAUAUUACCUAAGGGCACAUCAGAACACAUUUUACCAACUGCCUUAAGCAAUCUUCCUUUGGAGGAUUUCAAGAUUCUUGAACAAGAUCAACAAGAUAAAAUGUUACCAAUUCUCUAAAACAGAAAAAGAGUACCUUCAUUUAACAUUAGCCUGCAUAUAACUUGAUGCCCUCCUUCAUUUAUUCAAAGGUAAAGACAUUUAAGAAAAUUAUGCCAAACUUGGGUAUUUAAUAAAGUUUUACUUGAAGUAACAUUAUUACUGUAUAAUUUAUGAAGACUUGAUUACAAAAAAAUGGAAAACUUUCUAUUAAACUUUUGUUUGAAAAAGAAUGGAAGUGCCUUACAUGAGAAUUACAUAAAAAUUUUGUUGUAUGUUUGCAAGAUGUGUUGUGUUUUUGUCUUUUUAAACUACUUUUAAAAGAACAGUCUAUGACAAGUAAUGUGUUUAAUUUAUAUUAGAAAAAAAUUUGUGUACCAAAGUUGGGAUAUUAAAUUCUAAAUAAGAUGCUAAGUAGUAGUUAACAACAUUAAAUAUGACUUUAAAACUGCUGGGUUUUGUAUUAAUUAUUAUUGGCACUGUGAUUUGGAAACUACAGGAAAAAACCCUAAAGUACAGGGCAACUUUUUAAUUUAAACUUUCUGUAUCUUUUUAACAGUAAAAGUGAGCUAAUCAUGACCUCCCUCAUAAAAAUAUAAGCUUUUAAAAUAGAUUGUAAAAUAGAUUGUAAAAUAUUUUUGAAUGUGAAGUACCCUUGAGUCAUGCAAGUUUGGUAAGGCAUCAAGUACCUCAGACUAGUAAAAACUGGUAACUGAUUAUAUUUACCUUCUAAGAAAAAUGUUGUGAAAUAGAGAUUGGGAUGUAGCCUUUACCUUAAUUAAAUAAAAAAAUAACUGUAUAUACUAUUUUACUCACAAUAAAAACAAUACAUUUUUAAUUUCAACAUUGGUUCAUUAAUAAGCAAAUAUACUACCAAGUUCCAUGUUAGGGACUUCCUCUGUCUUCACGUAUGUUGAUACCAAAACUUUUAAGCUUUUUUCCUCCAUAAAACCGUUAUAGAAUUUAAUCAUAGAAAAGUACUUACCAUAUUAUAUCUUUAAAACUUAUAACUUUAAAUGGAAUCAGUUUAUCUUACACAUCUUGCUUUUUAUCUCCUUUUUUAGUUGAGAGUCAAAUGGAACAACCGUACUGCAUAAGGGAAAUGAAAUGUAAUUCUCUAUAAAAGUACAUCUGUUAAUAAAGCUAUGCAAGUGCUAAUUAUUUUACAAAAUAAAAUAUCAGAACUAUUCUUGUAAUUGCCACUUGAACAAUUAAAGAGUUUGCCUUACUUCACCAGAUAAAUGUUCAAUAAAAACCCUUUCCUUCAAAUAGCUUUGAUCAAAUCAUGCAAAAAUUUAUUAAAGAAUAAUGAAUUUAGUUAGUCCAUCCUGAUUCAAGCUUCUGACACCAUCAUAUGAAAGUAGCAUACACCUAAUCAUAAAUUGCUGUAAAUCUUUUUAUAAGGUAAAUGUUACUUGAUGAUGAAAAAAAAUAUUUUUGCCAACUUUUUAGGUUGCUGGUUUUUUAUGAUAUUGCUUGGAUCCUAGGAACAAUCUUUUUACAGUAUUCGCAUCCUUCUUUUAAUAAGGAAUGCCUCCCAAAUAACUAGAAUUCACAAAGGCAAAGGUAGGAAAAGUCUAUUUUAGUUAUCAGGCGCUUACAACAAAUAUUUAUGAAAAUCCUUUUGUGUAUAUUGUAAACCUUGUUAGUCAUUUUAUCUUUAUCUUAAAUAGUGAAUGUAGCUCCUUGGAAUUGUCAUUACAUGUUUAUUUUUCAAAUAUGGUUUCAAAUAUCUUUUGACUAACAUAAUCAUCAGCAAACUCUGACUGUACCUACUUUAUACCUCAAAAUAAGUUAAGCAAAUAAUUAUUUAAAUAUAAAGUAUGUUUUCCAUAAGUAGACUCAUGGUUCACUACUGCUUCCUAAUACAAAACAAAACACUAAUUAAUGUAGACUGGUUCCCGUCUACAAUAAUAUCUUGGUAUCUAAAACAAAAAAAUAAAACAUGAAAUACAACAAGGUUUUCAUAACGUUACUUAGUCUUCAUUAUUAUUUCAGACCACUGAAUAAACUGCCACUCAGUAAUUUUAAAGUAAUUUUUUUUGGUGUUUUCUCUAUGUCAUUUUCAUGUUACUGUCCUGAUAACAUCCUCCAAACUCUCCCUGCAUCAUAUUAUUUCAUUAACAUACACCUGUCUACCUUAAAACUAAUCUCAUGCAUAGGAAAAAACCUAAAAGGAAUCUUAAAAUCCUGUUUUCAGUUUAUUGAUAAACUUAUCACUUUGACUAUAUACCAUAAAACUAAUCAAAAUUAUAAUAACUUUUCCCUCGGCUGGACACAACACAUACCCUUUGUUCACUCAUUUUAUGUCUGCCAUUCAUGCUAUGCCUACUAGGCAGUAACCUCUACAAAAAGAAUCAGCAAAAGCCUAGUAACCUGAUAGAAAGAUGAAAAUGAUCCGAUUUACUGCUGGUAGGUUGCUCAAGGUCUCCUGAGAAGUAAAAAAACAAUGUUUUUAUCAUACAACAUGAUAAAUGUUUUAAAAGGCAUAUUUGUGGAGGUUCCUUGGUAAAUGGUGUUGAAUUAGAAUUUAAUGAAAACAUAAACUUCAAUCCUUUUUAUAGUAAAAUAUUUUUCUUUUGAAACAUUUCUUCUUAUGACUUAAGCAAAGGAAGUAGAAGACAUUGGUGUUGACCUGAAUUACAUAGUCGUUUGGUUUUUUUUUUUUAAAAGAUUUUAUUAGGGAAGGGGAGCAGGACUUUAUUGGGGAACACUGUA